CAACUCCACAACCAUGACUUUCGACAUCGAACGCAAGCGUUUGGAACUGUGCUAUGGCUCGUUCGGUACCAGCGCGAAUGGCACCACAUCCGCCCCGUCUAAGAUAAGCGAACGGAAGCGUAGGAAAAGUUCCACCUCCUCCGAACAACACGCCACCCCGCACAGGCAUCGGAAGCGGUCCGUAAGUGAGACGGGAAAGCAAAACCAACCCACACAACGAUGGCCGCAUCAUUUGCUCCAAAGCAAAUGCCAUGUUAUCACCAUCUUUGCCAGUGGCGUGCUAUUUUCGGUGCUAAUGCUUAUCCUGCUGGACUUUGGUCCAUCAUCAUCUUACCGACAGUCGAGCACCGGAUCGGUACGACGCGUCGGUUCCGAAGGUGGACGGGCACUGUACGCACCACGCCAUCUGCCCGAUGAAUCGCUGCUACGGUUAGCGGAUGAAACGCGCGUUAUGGAACCGUACCUGCCCGCUCGGAAGUUGCCAAAUGCAACACCGUCCGAAGCAAAGCAAGACACACUAACGAACGAACAGGAAGCACUAGGAUCACUUAAAAUGGCACUGGAAAUGAAACAGCUCGGUAAGGACGAUAAAGCGUUACGAUUGUUUCAGCACGCACUAGCCCUAUCUCCGAAACACCCUGAAAUACUCACCAAGUACGGUGAAUUCUUGGAGCACAAUCGACAGGAUGUGGUAUCGGCCGAUCAGUACUACACGCAGGCACUGACCGUUAAUCCGUACUACACGGAAGCACUUGCCAACCGGCAGCGAACGGCACAAAUCGUGGAACAGAUGGAUGCGAAACGGUUCGAAGCGUUGGAUCGCAAACGGGAUGCGUUGAGCUCGGUGCACGCAUCCAAUAUGGCGUUAAAGCGGGCGGAAAAGGAAGCUUACAUACAGCACAUUUACCAUUCGGUCGGCAUCGAGGGCAAUACGAUGAGUUUAGCCCAGACGCGCUCAAUUCUGGAGACGCGUAUGGCCGUCGAUGGGAAGAGUAUCGAUGAGCAUAAUGAAAUUCUUGGUCUGGAUGCGGCCCUGAAGUACAUCAACGCAACCCUUGUAAACAAAAAUGAUUACAUUACGCUAAAGGACAUCCUGGAAAUUCAUCGGCGUGUUCUUGGCCACGUGGAUCCGAUCGAGGGUGGUGAGUUCCGUCGGACGCAGGUCUACGUCGGAGGACAUAUUCCACCCGGUCCUGGGGAUUUAGCGAUCCUGAUGGGACGGUUCGAGAGUUGGCUCAACUCGGAGCAAGUGUUUUUGAUGCAUCCGGUCAAGUACGCUGCCAUGGCACACUACAAACUCGUACACAUACAUCCGUUCAGUGAUGGAAACGGGCGGACGUCUCGGUUGUUGAUGAACACGCUGCUAAUGCGUGCAGGUUACCCGCCGGUAAUUAUACAGAAGCAGCAUCGCCACAAGUACUACAACUAUUUGCAGCUGGCCAACGAGGGAGAUAUUCGUCCGUUUGUAAGGUUUAUUGCGGAUUGUACCGAGCGCACGCUGGAUCUGUACCUGUGGGCAACGAGUGAGCUGUCUCAUCCUGUACCGCUCUUGGCACAGGAAAGUAUGGAAGGAAUGCCACUAAUUUUCAACAGCGUUACCGAGGAGGGAGCGGAAGUGGGUAGCGGUGCAGGUGAUACGAUACGGAUAGGUGUUAUUUGAUAUUGGUUGCUAGUGGCACUGGCUGGAACAGUGGCUCCUGGUGCA